UAAGUAAUUUCCCUGCGCGCGGAAUACAUUCGCUGAGCGCUGGAUAGUUACUCUCUGAUGUGCAUAAACAACAGACAUAGCUAUUACAUAUAUUGCUGUUAUUUGGUUGUGAUCUAACCCAUUUUUGUUUACUUCUUAAACUGAAGGAUAAUCACGGUUCUUAUACCGCAAAAAUGUGGAACCAAGGAUCAUAUGGAGAGGCCAGUAUGGGUGGUGGAUACACACAGUCACCAGGGGGCUUUGGCUCACCUGCUGCUUCCCAAGGAGGAGACAAAAAAGGGCGGACCCGGGCACAGCAGAUUGUUCCCUGUACAGUGUCACAGCUGAUGACCGCAACCCAAGCAGAGGAUGUUUUCCGUGCAGGCGAGGUUGAAGUUGCACAAGUCACCAUUGUUGGGAUCAUCAGAAGCACAGAUAAAUCCAUGACUAACAUACAGUACAAAGUGGACGACAUGACGUGGGCUCCUAUGGAUGUGAAGCAAUGGGUAGACACAGAGGAUCCCAAUGUGGACAGUUCUGUCAUCCAUCCAGACACAUAUGUCAAGGUUUCUGGCAACCUCAGAUCCUUUCAGAAUAACAGGUCUUUGGUAGCAUUCAGUGUCCGGCCGUUAGAAGACAUGAAUGAGAUCACUUCACACAUGUUGGAGGUUGUGCAGGCUCACAUGUUGCUCAGCAAACCACAAGCCAUGAUGGGUGGAGGAGGGGGAGGAAUCAACAGCAGCAUAGUGCCUAUAUCCCGUCCUGGCAUGAGUGGCAUGGGCAUGAGUGGGAGUUACUCUGGUGCCAGUGCUAUGGCCAAUAAUGGAUUAAGUCCUAAUCAAAACCAGGUUUUAUGUCUGAUAAAGAGCUGCCCAGAACCUCAGGGCAUCAGCAUUCAAGAGCUGAAGCAGAGACUAAGUGGCAUGAACAUGACUGUUAUCAGACAGGUUGUGGACUUUCUUAGCAAUGAAGGACAUAUUUUCUCUACUAUUGAUGAGGACCACUUCAGAUCAACGGACCAAGAAGCCUAAAGACCAUCUGUCAUUUAAGGAUUAAGCGUUGUGACAUCUUAGCAUCUUACUCUGCUCAUCAGUUACUCAACCAUAUGUCAUUAAUCUAUUCCAACACAUUAUCAUGACUAAUAGAACACCUACUAUAGACUAUAGACUACAACUUUGUGAAGAAAAUGCGGGGCCUAAGAGUUAGGAAAUAACUAGCCAGAUCAGUUUCAAUAUAACAACUGUGUUCAUGUAGGUAUAAUAACUUCUUGAAGUUUAUUAGCAAUAUAUGACACAGUAACAAACAUUCUGAUAAACAUUGUUAAUAUAAAACUACAUGUCCUUUAAAUUCAUGUUUUUUCUGUAUGUAAUGUGUUUUUCUAAUGAGAUUACAAUGGUUUAAUUUUGCUGCUGGCUAAUAAAAUUAAUAUUAAAUCAAA